AUGUCUGACAACGAGCCAAUUGCCAUCAUCGGCAGCGCAUGCCGCUUCCCAGGAGAUUCUUCCUCCCCCUCCAAACUAUGGGAUCUCCUCAAAGCCCCCCGCGAUCUGCUCACCGAGGUCCCCUCCAACCGCUACAACGCUGAUGCCUUCUACCACGCUGACUCUAAGCACCACGGCACCACUAACGUGCGUCACUCGUACUUCCUCAGCGAGGACCCUGCUAGCUUUGACAACAACUUCUUCAAUAUCCAACCUGGUGAGGCUGAGGCUAUCGAUCCCCAGCAGAGACUCCUCAUGGAGGUAGUGUAUCAGGGCCUCUGUGCUUCUGGCCAGACUAUUGAGGGACUUCGCGGGUCGUCUACUUCUGUUUAUGUUGGUGUUAUGUGUGAUGAUUGGAACGGUAUUCUCACGCGUGACUUGGAGGUGUUUCCGCAGUAUGGUGCUACCGGUAUGGCGAGGAGUAUCAUGUCGAAUCGCAUUUCGUACUUCUUUGACUGGCAUGGCCCGUCUAUGACGAUCGAUACCGCUUGUUCGUCGAGUUUGGUAGCUGUUCAUCAGGCUAUCCAGACGCUGAGAAGUGGAGAGUCACAAGUCGCCAUUGCAGCUGGAGCCAAUCUCAUUCUCACCCCAGGUAUGUAUGUCGCUGAGAGCAAGCUGUCCAUGCUGUCCCCGUCAGGUAGGUCCAAAAUGUGGGAUCAGGAUGUAAACGGCUACGCCCGAGGCGAAGGCAUCGCCGCUGUCGUGCUCAAGCCUCUUAGCGCCGCGAUCCGCGACAACGACCACAUAGACUGCAUCAUCCGUGCCACGGGCGUUAACCAAGACGGCCGCACCCCAGGCCUCACCAUGCCCAGCGCCGCAGCCCAAGCAGACCUCAUCCGCAGCACGUAUGCCCGCGCGGGUCUCGACAUCAACAAGCCCGAGGACCGGCCCCAGUUCUUCCACGCCCACGGUACAGGAACACCGGCUGGCGACCCUCGUGAGGCUGAAGCUAUUUACCGGGCGUUCUACUCGGACGUCAAGGAUGAUAAGCUCUACGUUGGUUCGAUCAAGACGGUGCUGGGGCAUACUGAGGGUACAGCUGGGCUCGCGAGUUUGAUUGGCACGGCGCUUGCGAUUCAGAACAAGACUAUUCCACCGAAUAUGCAUUUCGAUGUUUUGAAUCCGAAGAUCAAGCCGUUUUAUGACAACUUGGAGGUUCCGACCAAGGCUAUUGCAUGGCCUGAACCGUAUCAGGGACAACCUCGUCGAGCUAGCAUCAACAGCUUUGGUUUUGGUGGUACCAAUGCUCAUGCCAUCAUCGAGGCCUACGAGCCCAGCACUACAGAGAGCGUGCCCGGUCCACUGUUCAGCCCAUUGAUCUUUUCCGCCUCAUCCGAGGCAUCUCUACGAUCGCUACUCUCUUCUUAUUCAGGGUAUCUCAAGUCAAGCCCAGAGCUAUCUCUGAAAGACCUCGCAUAUACCCUUCAAACAAGACGCUCGACCCUCGCCUACCGCGUCGCCAUCACAGCCUCCUCCACACAAGACGCCUACACCCAGCUCGACGCCAUCGUAAACGGCGAACAAGCCAGUACCGUCGGUGUCCGCCAGGUCAGCAAGGCCUCGCCCAAGAUAAUGGGUGUGUUUACAGGUCAGGGAGCGCAAUGGCCACGAAUGGGCGCGAGACUUAUCGAAGAGUCUGCUUUUGCGUCAAAGCGACUUUCGGAGCUUGACGAGGCACUGUCGAGUCUUCCCAAGGAUGAUCGGCCUUCUUGGACUCUGCGUGAGAUGAUACUUGCGGAUUCCAAGUCUUCGCGGAUCGCUGAGGCUGCUAUUUCUCAGCCUUUGUGUACAGCUGUGCAGGUUGUUUUGGUUGAUCUUCUUCGACAGGCUGGUGUUGAGCUCUCCGGUGUUGUUGGCCAUUCUUCCGGUGAGAUUGGAGCUGCUUACGCUGCUGGGCUGCUUACUGCACGAGAUGCCAUCCGAGUCGCCUACUACAGAGGCCUCUACGCCAAGCUCGCUCAGUCCCCCAACGGUCGCAAAGGCGCCAUGAUGGCCGUUGGAACUACCUUUGACGAUGCAUCAGAGUUUUGUGAACUCGAUGCCUUCCAAGGCCGCAUCCAAGUCGCUGCUAGAAAUUCGUCUUCCAGCAUCACUCUCUCCGGCGACGAGGAUGCUAUCGUCGAAGCUAUCGAGACCUUCAAAGAUGAAGGCAAGUUCGCUCGUCAAUUAAAGGUCGACACAGCUUAUCACUCGGCUCAUGUCCAGCCAUGUGCUAAGCCGUACCUCAACGUCAUGGAGAGAUGUCAAAUCGAGAGCGUUACUCCUACUUCGACCGAGUGGUACUCCAGUGUUCACGAAGGCCAGGUCAUGACUGCUGAGCUACUGACCCCUCAGUAUUGGGUUGAUAACAUGACCAGCGCUGUUCUGUUCUCUCCUGCUGUUGAGCACGCUUGGCAGGAAGGCGGUCAGUAUGAUCUGAUCAUCGAAGUUGGCCCUCAUCCAGUACUCAAGACUCCCUGCCUCGAUACACUCGAAGACAUGACCGGAGAUCGACCUACUUAUUCUGGUGUCCUGGGUCGUGGCAAAGAUGAUAUCCAGCAGUUCUCCAACGGUCUUGGCUUCAUCUGGACUCAACUCGGUGCUGGAUCAGUGACCUUUGAGCGCUUCGAAAAGGUCGCAUCCGACUCCAAGACUAUCCCAUGUUUCGUCCAUGACCUUCCCAAUUAUCCCUUUGACCACGCAAGACAGUUCAUGUCCAUGUCUAGGGUAUCUGGCUGGUACAACAGUACGCGGCAAGCUCCUCAUCCCAUUCUAGGAAGACGAUGUCAUGAUCGUGAAACAUCAGACACGGUUCAUUGGCGCAACGUCCUGAACCCUAAGGAGAUCCCUUGGCUCCACGGCCAUCAGAUCCAGGGCCAAAUCAUCUUCCCUGCUACUGGAUACAUCUCAAUGGCUGUUGAGGCCCUCAACAUUGUCGCAGAGUCGAAUCUCGGGCUUGUCACCAUUGAGGAUCUUCGCGUCGGUCGAGCCCUUGCUUUCAGCGAUGAUGACGCAAGUGUCGAGUCGACAUUUGAUCUAAGAAUCAUCAGCCGCUCUGAAACGGAGAUUGAAGCUGACUUCUCAUGCUACUCGGGCCAUCCUCAGAAUCACACAACAAGCAUGGUUCUCAACGCAACAGCUCACAUCAAGGCCUCGCUCUCUGCACCAACCGCCCACGAACUCCCAAACAUCAAAGUCGACGACUUUAAUCUUCGUGAGGUUGAGGUUGACAGGUUCUACAACUUCCUCGGCCGCCUGGGAUACAACUACUCCUGGCCCUUUCACGGCACCACCAGCAUCCGCCGAAGGGCAAACUAUGCGACAGGUACUCUGGAGGACCAGUCUGGCUCAGAGUGGGAGGACCAGCUGCUUGUUCACCCUGGUAUGCUAGAUACUGCUCUCCAGACCACCUUCGUCGCACUCUGCUGUCCAGGUGAUCAGCGCAUGUGGGCUCUUCACCUGCCUACGAGCUUCCGCUCCAUUGUCAUCAACCCAUACUUCACCUCUGCCGGUAUUGGAAAGCACAAGGGGUUCCUGUACCAGUCUGUCGCUGUCGAGGAGACUAAGGCCGACAAGAUCGUUGUUGAACUGGACUUGCUCUCCGAGGAGACUGGCGAUACAUUCCUCCAGAUCGAAGGCAUGGAGAUUGUUCCAUUCUCGCCUGCCACUCCAGAGAACGACGCCGUUUUGUUCUCUCGUUUUGACUAUAGACUUGCUAACCCUGAUGGUGAGCUCACGGCUGCUGAGUAUGUCUUCAAGGAGGAGGAAAAAAGGAUAGCUCUUGACUCUGAGCGCAUUGCCUUUUACUACCUUCGUCGACUGGUCGAGACUAUCACUCCCGAGGAGAAGGCCAAUACCCUUCCUCACUACCGAUAUCUUUUAGACUGGGCAGCGCAUGUAGUCAGUCAGGUUAACAACGAAAAGAAUCCUCACGUCCCCUCGAGUGCUCAAAAGGAUACCCAUGAAGAGAUCAAAGAGCUUAUCAAGAAGCGUUAUGAAGCUGUAGAUGUUCGCCUUUCAGAAUCAGUCGGCGAGAAUCUCCCUCAGGUCAUUCGCGACAGCGGCAACAUUCUCGAGUACAUGACGAAGGAUAAUAUGCUUGACGAUGUCUAUGAAGAAGGCUUUGGGCUUGAUCUUGUGAACAAGUACAUCGCACAUAUGACAGCUCAGAUCGCACACCGAUACCCUCGCAUGAACAUUCUCGAGAUUGGUGCCGGAACUGGUGGUGUAACCCGAGAGAUCCUCCCCCGUCUGGGCUCAGCCUUCUCAACAUACACCUACACCGACGUCUCGGGCGGUUUCUUCGACACAGCUCAAGAGCGCUUCAAAGACUUUGCUGACCGAAUGAUCUUCAAGGCCUUCGACAUGAACAUGAGUCCUGGCUCUCAAGGCUUCACUGAAGGAACAUACGACCUCAUCCUCGCUUCCAACGUUCUCCACGCCACUUCGGAGCUAGAGGACAUGAUGAAGCAUGUGAGAAGUUUCCUCAAGCCCGGUGGUUUCCUCAUCAUUCUUGAGACCGUUAACAACGACUGUUUACGUGUUGGGCUACCUAUGGGUGGUCUUCCUGGCUGGUGGCUUGGUGUAGACGAUGGUCGAAGGUGGGGUCCUACCCUUACACUGCCGCAGUGGGAUUCUUUGCUUUGGAAGUGCGGAUUUGGUGGUAUUGAUACUACCACGCCGCCAGUUCACAAGAUCCUUCCGGGGCAUGUCUUUUGUUCCCAGGCUCUUGAUGAGCGAGUUGAGAUUCUUCGAUCGCCCUUGAACUAUCUCUCCGAUCUCCCUGAGACCAAGUCUACAGAGCUAGCGAUCGUUGGCGGAGAGACACUGAAGGUUCACAGGAUCUGCGAGCAGAUUUCUCGCCGCCUCAGACCAAAGUACACGAACAUCGCACGUUUCAACUCUAUUGAGGAGCUCAACGCCAGUGGUCUUACAGACUCCUGCACUGUCCUGUCUGUCACCGAACUCGACGAGCCAGUGUUUGCCAACAUGACGUCUGCCAAGUUUGAGGCUCUGAGAACCUUGUGGAAGCAAGCCGGUAGCAUCCUCUGGGUUACUUCGGGCGCCAGAGCUGAGAACCCUCACUCUUACAUGACCACUGGAGUCGGACGCUGCAUGCGCUUCGAGUACCCCAACAUCACCCUCCAAGCCCUCGACAUCAAGACAUUAACCGACCGUACUCCCGAACUCAUCGCUGAUCACCUUUUGAGACUGGAGCUCUUGGAUAAGUGGUCCAAAGAGCUUCGAUCAGAGGAGCUGCUCUGGUCUCUGGAGCCUGAGAUCUACAUUGAGGACGACACUAGCAUCAUUCCACGACUGUAUCCCUAUGACUCUGGAAACGCACGAUACAACGCCGAUCGUCGCAAUGUCACCAAGGAUGGGAACCUUGAGAGUGAUAAGAUUGUGUUCUUUGAGAGCGAAGGCAAAUGGGAGGUACAGCACGCUUCUCCUCUUCAUAUUCCGGAGGGACUUCCCUUCUCUGCCAAGUUGAAGACCAUUCGCAUCACACAUUUCUCACCUGCUACUGUCAGCGUUACUCCUGGUGUUAGCUUGAUGGCUUGCGUUGGUAUCGACACAGCUUCCGGCGAGCGAGUUCUCGCUGUUACUCACAUCGCCGAGUCUCCUGUAUCUGUCCCAGCAGAUUGGUGCAUUCCCCUUGGAGAGCUCGAUGCAGCUGAUACGCUGGCCAACGUGUCUGCUUUCCUUAUUGCCUCUAGCAUCCUCAACCAUUUGUCCGCCGAGGAGACUCUUGUCACCCAUGACGCUCCCUCUCAUCUGGCUUCUGCGUUGGAAGGUCUCGCUAAGGAGUCUUCUGUUACUGUCUUCUUCACUACUUCUGAUAAGAAUAACGCGAAGGGAUGGCAGUAUAUCAACAACCACCUGCCUGAGCGUGUCAUCAAGGCAGUUAUGCCCAAGUCAGCAACCAAGUUCAUUAACCUAUCGCAGGACGUCAACGCGAAGGACACUGGCCGCGUCAUCUCGUCGUGCCUACCUCGAUACUGUGAGACCAUCAACUCAGAGCGCCUCUUUGAGUCAGGCAAGGAGAUUCGUAAGUCUGUCUCCAAGGAAGACGUCUCCAUUGUGUUCAACCGAGCCUUUUACGAAGCCAAGUCGCUCUCAAGCACAGCUAUUGACGCAAACCUGAUCUCUUUGAAGGACAUAUCUGGUGUCAGUGCAGCUGAAGUCCGCUUCGCUGUCGUCGACUGUACUGAGUCCUCCAUCACGGCCUCUGUUCGUCCCAUCGACGAUGGGAGAAUCUUCCAGGCUGACAAGACCUUCCUUCUCGUUGGUCUAUCAGGUGAGCUUGGUCAAUCGCUUUGCAAGUGGAUGGUCAAGCAAGGAGCUCGAAGCAUUGUCCUUACCAGUCGUCGUCCCGACGUAUCUCAACACUUCCUUGACGAAGUGGCUGCUAUGGGCGCUACAGUCAAGGUUCUCUCCAUGGACGUCACCGAUCGCGACUCACUCCACGCAUGUGUCGACACCGUCAAGAAGACCCUCCCUCCUAUAGCAGGCGUCGUCAAUGGCGCCAUGGUGCUUCGAGACGCGCUCUUCGAUAAGAUGUCCUACGAAGACUUCAUGAAAGUCCUUAAACCCAAGGUCCUAGGCUCUCAGCUCCUCGACGAGAUGUUCUACGACACACCCCUCGACUUCUUCAUCUUCUUCUCCUCCACCACUGCCGUUAUGGGAAACAGCGGUCAGAGUAAUUACAUCGCUGGCAACAUGUUCAUGAACGCCUUAGCAGCACAGCGCAAGAAGCGCGGUGUAGCCGCUUCUUCCAUUGACAUCAGCUCCAUCAUCGGUCUAGGCUACGUGGAGAGAGCUGAGGAUCUGAGUGAGGAUACUUUUAUCAAGAUGGGCUACAGACCCAUGUCAGAACAGGACCUGCAGAAGCUGUUUGCCGAGGCUAUUGUUCUUGGAAGACCUGAGUGCGAUGAGGUUUGUGAGCUCGUGACGGGUGUCACACCUAUCUAUGAAGAUGCUCAGGCUGGUGAUCAGUACUUGAAGGAUGUCAAGUUUGGACACUUCCUUAUGGAGCAUUUGGAUACGCAGGCUUAUGCUGGAAAGACAUCUACUGUGCCUGUGAGGGUACAGUUGUCUGAUGUCAAGACCAGAGCUGACGCCGUGGCUAUCAUCAAAGAUUCUUUCAUUGUUCGGCUCCGACGUGUGUUGGCUGUUGGGCCAGAUGAGAUCAUCAACGAAAAGGUCACCCUUGUCGAACAAGGUGUUGACUCUUUGAUGGCCGUCGAAAUCCGCUCUUGGUUCAUCAAAGAACUUGACGUCGACAUUCCCGUUCUCAAGAUCCUCGGUGGAAUGUCCGUUCCCGACCUCAUCGAAGAAUCCCUAAAUCUCAUCCCCGACUCCAUCCUCGACGUAUCAUCCCUCGAAGCAGGCAGCGCCCCAACCACUCAACCCCCCAAGCCCACCCUCCAAACAGCCCGCGUCACACCACCUGAGAGCUCUUACAGCACAAGUGACAAUAGCAGGCAGCAGACUGGCUCAGACUCCUCCCGCUCACCAAUCGACACGCCCCUCACAUCGAUGGAGAGCCAAGAACUUACUAAAGAGGAAGACAGUACGGACAACUCCACUCCCCUAAAGACCUUUCCUAACGAGCUGUCCAGCAUCAUGUCCUACGGUCAAGCAGGCUUCUGGUUUCUAAACGAUUACCUCGUCGACAAGAGGGCGUUCAACAUGGCUGUCAUGUUGAAGCUCACGGGCCAGAUCCGCGUGCAGGCUCUAGAGAAGGCUGUGAACCUCAUUGCGGAACGGCAUGAGAUUUUGAGGACGAGGUUCUUUUGGGGUAAUGACGGUGAUGAGAGGACGCCUUUGCAGGGUAUCAACCCGGCGGAUCUGAAUUUGGUCACGAAGAGGGUGGUUGAUGAGGGAGAAGCAGAGAUGGAGUUGAAGAAGCUUCAUGAUGAGGAGUGGGAUUUGAGUGGUGGUGAAGGAGUCAAGAUCACUUUACUGUCGUUAUCCGAUAAUGUUCAUUUUCUUUUGUUGGGUAUGCAUCACAUUUACAUCGACGGAUACAGCUUCAGUGUCUUCUUUAAGGACCUUGAAGUUGCUUACACAAAACACGCGCUCCCUUCUCUUCCAGUCGAGUCACAGUAUCGAUCGUUUGCACUUCAGCAACGACAGAUGUAUGCGAACGGCGAUCUCACCAAAUCCAUCGAGUACUAUCGACGAAGUUUUCCCAAAGAGUUUACGCCUAUUCAGCUUUUCCCUUUCGCUCUCACGCCUGCGAGGCAGUUCGCCAACGACUAUUCUCAACAUGAGGUCAAGAUGAGUAUUGAUACAGAACUGGCUACCAAGGUUCGACAACUCGCCCGCGUCAAUCGCUCAACUUCAUUUCACGUCUACCUCGCGGCCUUGGAGCUUCUUCUCUUCACCCUCCUCCCCAACGCAGAGGAAGUCUUCAUCGGUAUCGCCGACGCCAACCGCGGUGAUAAGAAGUUCAUGGGCAGUCUCGGCUUCUUCCUAAACCUCCUCCCUCUGCGCUUCCGCCGUAAGAGGCGCGGUACUCAACUCAGCUCCAUCAUCCAGACUGCCCGUGACACAGCAUACGGAGCACUCCAGCACUCCCAGCUGCCCUUUGACGUUCUUCUUCGGGAACUUAACGUUCCAAGAUCUGACAAGUACACGCCUAUCUUCCAGGUCUUCAUGGACUAUAGACAGGUUGUCCAGGAACGGUCGUCGUGGGGAGGCUGCAGGCUUCAUGGAGAGAAGUGGCAUAAUGCUGGGACGGGAUAUGACAUUGCUUUGGAGGUUAACGAGAAUAUCACGACUGAUACUCUUUUGGGGCUGAGACUUCAGGAGCAGCUUUACUCGGAGGAGCACACUGCGCUUCUACUUCGCUCGUACUUGAGUGUGUUGGAGUACAUGGUCCAAGGGACUAACAAGGCUGCUGAUACUACGCCGGCGUGGUCGAAGGAUGAUAUCCAGGUCGCUUUGGAUGCCGGAAAGGCACCCGAAUUCCUACCAAAGUGGCAGCCAACCAUCAGUCAUCACAUUGACCAGAUCAUCCAAACCAACACUACCAAAGUCGCUCUCAAGGACGGUAAUGGUGCCGUACUCACGUAUGAGCAAAUGGGCAAGCGGAUCAACUCCAUCGCCCAAGCACUCAUCGACGCUGGAACUACUCAAGGCACAGUAGUCGGAGUCUUCCAAGAACCCUCCUCCGACUGGAUCUGCUCCCUUCUCGCCAUCUUCAAAGCUGGAGCAGUCUACGUUCCUCUCGAUCUACGCAACUCCAUUCCUCGCUUGACUAGGAUCGUCAAAGCGUCUCGACCAUCGCUCAUCAUCACGGAUCAUACGACUGAUGACAAGGUUGAGCUCAUUGGUGCCAAAUUCAUCACCCAGCUUCGAUUAUACAAGGUUGUGGAUCAGGAGUUCAGAGAGCCGAACCGUGCAAAAUCUGGAUCUCUCGCUGUCAUUCUCUUCACUAGCGGUUCUACAGGUGAACCCAAGGGUCUCAUGAUGACACAUACCAAUCUUCUCUCAUACGCCGAAGUCUCAAGCAAGACUUUCUCCAAGUCCGUUGAAAGUCUUGUGGUCCUGCAGCAGAGUCCCUUCAGCUUUGACUUUUCACUUGAUCAGACCGUGGCUGCGUUGGCGAACGGUGGAUGUCUUUGCAUCGUACCAGCAAGCAAGAGAGGCGAUCCUGAUGAGAUCAGCAAGAUCAUGGUCAAAGAGAGUGUUACUUACACUACUGCUACACCUUCUGAGUAUGAUCUGUGGUUGCGAUACAGUACCAGCACUCUGCGGCAAUGCACUUCGUGGAAGUAUGCUUUUUCUGGCGGCGAAGCGAUGAGCCACAAACUUGCCCGCGAGUUUGGAGCGUUGAGCCUGAAGAACCUUCACGUCUUCAAUGGCUAUGGUCCCGCUGAGACGACAAUCCUCUCUCAUCGCAUCGAUCUCAAGUACACGGACCCUCAUCUUCCAGACCCCCUUCCAGCAGGUUACCCCAUGCCUGGCUUCUCCGUAUGCGUCGUCGAUGAGAAGAUGCGCCCUGUUCCUCUCGGCGUGCAGGGUGAGAUUAUCCUCGGUGGCCCAUGCAUCGUCUCUGGCUAUCUCAACAUGCCUGACUCCACCAAAGACAAGUUCUUGCCGGAUACCUUCUUCGGAACUAGUGGAAAGGUUUACCGCAGUGGAGAUCGUGGUCGUUUAUGCCAAGAUGGUUUGCUGUUCUGUGAUGGUCGUCUCGAGGGCAGCAACAUGAUCAAGCUUCGAGGGUUCCGAGUCGAGUUAGAUGAAGUUGAAAAGACUAUCAUCAGUCACUCGGCUGGUGCACUCUCUCACGCAGUAGUUACGCUGCGAGGCACUGAGGAGGGUCGCUAUCUCGCAACCCAUGUCGUUUUUGCUCCCGAGGUCGCAGAGCACAAUCAAGAAGGCAUCAUGAAAGCUCUCCGUCAAACCCUUCCUCUCCCUCCCUACAUGCGCCCUUCCGUCUUCCAGGUCCUUUCCGACAUCCCACGAACCGCCCAUCUCAAGAUCGACAGAAAGGCCAUUCAAGAAAUGCCCGUCCAGAUUUCUGCCUCGCACGACUCCGGAAUUCUGACUGUUGCGGAAAAGGCACUCAGUGAGCUUUGGCGUCGAGUCUUGCCUCUCGAUCCUGGGUCUCUUACCCCAGAGUCUGACUUCUUCCUCAUCGGAGGUAAUUCUAUUCUGCUCGUGAAGCUACAGGCGUUGCUGAGACAGACUUUCAAGACAGCACCGAAACUAGUUACGCUUAUGGGCGCUAGUACUCUUGGUGCAAUGGCUGUUGUUCUUGAGAGCUGUGGAUCUGUCGGUGCGAUUGAUUGGGACCGAGAGACCGCGCUUCCAGAUGAUCUUCAGGGUACUAGGAUGCUGCACCCUGUGAACAAGAUUACCGACAUCACCGUCCUCCUUACUGGUUCCGCGGGUUACCUCGGUCGUCAUCUCGUACCAGCCCUCGUCGAAGAUCCUCGAGUUACACAAGUCCAUUGCCUGUUACGCUCAGUGGACAACGAAAAGCUGAGUACCAAUUCAAGCAGUAAAGUCAGAGUUAUCGGAAGCGACCUUUCGAAGCCCAACCUUGGUCUUUCCGACUCAACUUACUCUCGUCUUGCUGAAGAAACCGAUGUGAUUAUUCACUCUGCAGCUAAUCGGUCUUUCUGGGACAGAUACGAAGUUCUCAGGGCGGACAACGUGGACUCGGUGAAAGACUUGGUCAGAUUCGCCGCUUCUUCUGGCCGCUCGAUCCCAUUGCACUUCUUGUCAUCUGGAGCUGUGAAUAUGUAUGAAGGAGACGGUCUGACUCCACCGAUUGAUGGUAGCGACGGUUACGUGGCUACAAAAUGGGCUUCAGAGGCAUUCCUUCGAAACGCUUCUGGUUCAUUCGGCCUUCCCGUCUACGUACACCGUCCAACCGUGAGUAGUACGGCGCAACCCAAAGAAGGCCAAGCCUCGAUCGUCAACCAACUCUUCAGCAUCGUCAAGUCCCUUGGCGUCCGACCAUCUUUUGAGGGAGUCACCGGCUCGGUACAUGUACUUCCAACCGGUGUCAUUGUCAAGGCUAUCCAGGACUCUGUCUUGAGCUCGACUGCUGGAGGAGAAGGAUAUAACAUUGUGCAACAUGAAGCACAUCAACGCGCUGUCGUGGAGGAUUUCGCAGCUUCCGUGCGCGCUGACGAUAGUUUAAACAGUCUUCCUACCAUUUCUAUCUUAGAUUGGUUUGGCAAGGCAAAGAAGGCUGGUUUCUCUUAUUUCCUUGCGUCUCAGAAUUUGGUUAUGGGUGAGGGUGAGGGUCACUUAGUUUCAAGGCGUUGA